AUGAGCACUGAAGACAUCUGUUCAUUUGGAUUUGUGUGCGAAUUGAGGGAUGAUAUAGCAAAAAUUUACACGAUUGAGAAUGGAAUAGUUGAGAUUCAAAACACUGAAGAGUUGGAACUAGGCACCUGGUGCGAAUUUGCUAGUAAUGAAAUUGAGAGAUGUAUGAAUUUCAAAAACGAAAAAUGUGAAGUUUGGGUGGAGGAUGAAGAAGUUUUUGUAAAAGUCUUGGCAAUUGGUCCCAAUGACUUUGCUCUUCCAAAGGACAUAAGAAUCAAAUAUAAAUAUGCUGUAUGGUCGCCAUUUCUCAAGUUUUUGGACGAUGAAGAGAAUCUCUUCAAGGACAAUAUUAGAGGAGGAGACGUGGUCGAGCUAGAUGUAUUAAAGCCAUCAAGCGGAAGCAAAGAGUUCUGCUCCUAUCUGUUCUGCCCUGCAGUUGGACUUGUUCGGUGGGUUAUAACAGAAUUGGAGAACACCCCAACGCCUUCUUCAUCAAAACCGGCCCAAUACAAUGUAGAAGACGACAUGUGCAAAGCCGACAAACGUCUUGGCUCCUGGGUGUCAUUCAAAUUAACAGAAGCAAAGAAAUUUGGAAAAGCCAAGGAUUCCAUGGGGGUGAAAGCAUUACUAAGAACAACGGCUACGCAGGCCAAAGAGGUGCAAAACCCUCCAAGAGAGACAAAAGUCGUGAACGGAGAAAUUGAGAUUGAAACCAGUUUCCUCUUUAAUAAAAACAUGCUAGAAUUCGAAGGAAGCCGCUUAAUUGGUGACUGGCGUGUCAGACACCAGCAACUAAAGAAGGAUGCCCAUUUUUGGGACGUCUACUUGGGACGAGUGGAAGUGUACUUAGACACCUCGCGCUUAAUUAUUGAGACAAUCGAGGCUCACCGAAACAACUUAGAUCCUGAGGAGGCAAAAAAACUUGAGAAUGAAGCCAUUGUUGUCUCUAUCACUGCAAUCGUUGAUAUAAAUCAUUUACAAAACUUCGAGAAGUACCCAGAUCGAGGAUUUUUUACUGCCAAGGUCGUCGACACCAUCUGUUAUCUCAAUGGUGGAAAAAUCAUCUAUAAGAAAUAA